GCGCGGGGCGGGCUCACGGGCGGCGUAGCGCGCCGGGCAGUUUCGCGGGAGAGGGGCGCCGGGGCGCCGGUACCGCAAAUCGGGGAGGACGGAAGCCGCGGCGGGCGGGAGAGGAGGCCGGGAUGGCGACUCCUAGCAGGAAGACGCCAGUCCCCGGCCCCCUGGCCUCGAAGAGAGCUCUCCCGAGAGAUCCCUCGUCGGAGGUCCCGAGCAAAAGGAAGAGCUCGGCCCCGCCGGCGCCGCCGCCUCCUCAGGCGCCCAGGCCUUUCGUGGAAGGCUCUAUCGUCCGCAUCGUGAUGGAGAACUUCCUAACAUACGAUAUCUGUGAAGUAUCUCCUGGACCCCACUUGAAUAUGAUUAUUGGAGCUAAUGGAACAGGGAAGUCCAGCAUUGUGUGUGCCAUUUGCCUUGGAUUAGCAGGCAAACCUGCUUUCAUGGGACGGGCAGAUAAGGUUGGCUUUUUUGUGAAGAGAGGAUGUUCCAAAGGCAUGGUUGAAAUUGAAUUGUUCAGGACCUCUGGAAAUCUUAUAAUCACCCGUGAAAUUGAUGUGGCAAAAAAUCAGUCCUUUUGGUUCAUCAACAAAAAAUCUACAACCCAGAAAAUAGUAGAAGAGCAAGUUGCAGCCUUAAAUAUUCAAGUGGGUAAUCUUUGCCAGUUUCUACCUCAGGAUAAAGUUGGAGAAUUUGCUAAACUCAGUAAAAUUGAACUCCUUGAAGCUACUGAGAAGUCAAUUGGUCCUCCAGAAAUGCACACAUACCAUUGUGAACUCAAAAACUUCAGGGAGAAAGAAAAACAACUAGAGACCUCAUGCAAAGAGAAAACUGAGUAUCUAGAGAAAAUGAUUCAAAGGAAUGAAAGAUAUAAACAAGAUGUGGAGAGGUUCUAUGAACGCAAGCGACAUUUAGAUUUGAUUGAGAUGCUUGAAGCAAAGAGGCCAUGGGUGGAAUAUGAAAAUGUUCGUCAGGAAUAUAGAGAAGUGAAACUAGCUCGUGACCGAGUGAAGGAAGAGGUCAGAAAACUUAAAGAGGGGCAGAUUCCUGUGACACGUAGAAUUGAAGAAACUGAAAGGCAGCGUCAUAAUUUGGAGGCUCGGAUCAAAGAGAAGGCCAUAGAUAUUAAGGAGGCAUCUCAAAAAUGCAAACAAAAGCAAGAUGUUAUAGAAAGGAAAGAUAAACAGAUUGAGGAACUUCAGCAGGCUUUAACAGUAAAACAAAACGAAGAGCAUGACCGACAGAGGAGAAUAAGUAAUACCCGGAAAAUGAUAGAAGAUUUACAAAAUGAACUGAAAACCACAGAAAACUGUGAGAACCUUCAGCCCAAGAUUGAUGCUAUUACAAAUGAUCUGAGAAGAGUUCAAGAUGAAAAGGCAUUAUGUGAAGGCGAGGUAAUUGAUAAGCGAGGAGAGAAGGAAACUCUAGAGAAGGAGAAAAAGAGUGUGGCUGCUCAUAUUGUACGAUUUGAUAAUCUUAUGAAUCAAAAGGAAGAUAAGCUGAGACAAAGAUACCGUGACACAUAUGAUGCUGUUCUAUGGCUAAGAAAUAACAGAGAUAAAUUUAAGCACAGAGUCUGUGAACCUAUAAUGCUCACCAUCAAUAUGAAAGAUAAUAAAAAUGCCAAAUAUAUUGAAAAUCAUAUUCCAUCAAAUGACUUGAGAGCUUUUGUAUUUGAAAAUCAAGAAGAUAUGGAGGUUUUCCUCAAAGAGGUUCGUGACAAUAAAAAAUUAAGAGUAAAUGCUGUUAUUGCUCCCAAAAAUUCACAUGCAGACAAAGCACCUUCACGAUCUCUGAGUGAACUCAAGCAAUAUGGAUUUUUCUCUUACUUGCGAGAGUUAUUUGAUGCACCUGAUCCUGUCAUGAGUUACCUUUGUCGCCACUAUCACAUUCAUGAAGUCCCUGUAGGAACUGAAAAGACCAGAGAAAGAAUUGAACGGGUAAUACAAGAAGCCCGAUUAAAACAAAUUUAUACAGCAGAAGAAAAGUAUGUGGUGAAAACUUCUCUUUAUUCAAAUAAGGUUAUUUCUAGUAAUACAUCCCUAAAAGUAGCUCAGUUUCUCACAGUCACUGUGGACCUAGAGCAAAGAAGACGCUUAGAGGAACAGCUAAAGGAAAUUAAUAGAAAAUUACAAGCAGUGGAAUCAGGAUUGAUCGCCUUAUAUGAGAGAAACAAACAUCUAGAACACAAAGACAAUGAACUUAGACAAAAGAAGAAGGAGCUUCUUGAAAGGGAAACCAAGAAAAGGCAACUGGAACAAAAAAUUAGUUCUAAACUGGGAAGUUUAAAGCUGAUGGAACAGGAUACUUGCAACCUUGAAGAGGAAGAGCGAAAAGCAAGUACCAAAAUCAAAGAAAUAAAUGUUCAGAAAGCAAAACUUGUUACUGAACUAACAAACCUUUUAAAGAUUUGUACUUCUCUGCAUAUACAAAAGGUAGAUUUAAUUCUUCAAAAUACUACAGUGAUCUCUGAGAAGAACAAAUUGGAAUCAGAUUAUAUGGCUGCCUCAUCACAGCUACGUGUCACUGAGCAACAUUUCAUUGAGUUGGAUGAAAGUAGACAGAUACUAUUGCAAAAGUGCAAGGAACUUAUGGACAGAGCUAAGCAAGUAUGUAACCUGGAUGCAGAGCAGACCAUUCCUCAAGAGUAUCAGACAGAAGGUAUCUACUCCAAUUUGUCUCUGUGGCAUGGACUCAGAUGGUGUAGUACUGCGCAAGUACCCACCAUUCCAAAUGGACACAGCUCCUCACCCCCCAUGGCUUUCCGAGACCUUCCAAACACAUUGGAUGAAAUUGAUGCCUUAUUAACUGAAGAAAGAUCAAGAGCUUCUUGCUUCACAGGACUGAACCCUACAGUUGUUGAGGAAUACACAAAAAGAGAAGAAGAGAUAGAGCAAAUAACUGAGGAACUAAAGAUAAAGAAAUUUGAACUGGAUAAAUACAGGGAAAACAUUUCACAGGUAAAAGAGAGGUGGCUUAAUCCUUUAAAAGAGCUGGUAGAAAAAAUUAAUGAAAAAUUCAGCAAUUUUUUUAGUUCCAUGCAGUGUGCUGGUGAAGUUGAUCUACAUACAGAAAAUGAGGAAGACUAUGAUAAAUAUGGAAUUCGAAUUAGAGUCAAAUUUCGCAGUAGUACUCAGUUGCAUGAAUUAACACCUCAUCAUCAAAGUGGCGGUGAGAGAAGUGUUUCUACCAUGUUAUACUUGAUGGCACUUCAAGAGCUUAAUCGAUGUCCAUUCAGAGUAGUUGAUGAAAUCAAUCAGGGAAUGGACCCAAUCAAUGAACGGAGAGUGUUUGAAAUGGUUGUAAGUACUGCUUGUAAGGAAAACACCUCUCAGUACUUCUUCAUAACACCAAAGCUCCUGCAAAACCUUCCUUACUCUGAUAAGAUGACAGUAUUGUUUGUCUACAAUGGACCUCAUAUGCUGGAACCAAAUAGAUGGAAUUUAAAGGCUUUCCAAAGGCGGCGGCGCCGUAUUACGUUCACUCAGCCUUCUCAAUAAAAGUAAAGGGCCAGAAGUUUAGAAUUUUUCUGUUAAGUCCUGUUAAUAAGUAUGACUCAACUGAGUAAAAGGAGAUUCAUUAAGACUAAAAUACCAGUUAUUUUUGGAAACCUGCUGUUUAAUACAAAUGAGUUGAUGAAAGGAGACCACAAUGACUUCUUUCUGUGGAUCAUCAUCUGGUAGCAAAAAUUAAGUCUUCAGUCUUUGUUGAACUUGAGCCCUUAGCACUGACCAUGAAUCAUUGGGUUCCCAUGUUAAAAAGUAUGUACUAUUUCAAAUCAAAAGUACAGUGGAAGGGGUUAUCCAUCACAAGGAGUUUAGUUGAUAUGAUAACCCUGAGCUCUAAUUGCAGAGUAACUUUAAUUACUUUUAGAGUUUAAAGAUGCCUCUACAUCCUAAGUCAUAGUAUUCUCCCAGUGUUAUAUUUAAAUUUUAAAAAUUGAUAUGGAAAUGUCUAGUCUAAUGUAUAGUAAUAAUCUAUGAGAAAUCUAUUCAUUUCUUCCUAUUAAAAAUGACUACCUAUCUCCACUAGGAAAUAGAAUUUUAUGGACCUUUAAAAAAAGUUUUAUGAAACUUGAUACUGUAAUUACAUUGGUAUAUCAAAAAGGGGAAAAAAGACUAGGGUUCAAAAAUGGUGGCAGGACUUUUUUGAAAUGCCACAAGGUGGCCACAAGAUGAUGCAAAAUGCAACCAAGAGAUUGACAGAGUAAAAUCAAAUGACGAGGGUUUUUAAAGAAUAACUCUGUAAAAUGUGCAUUUGGUGUUUUUUUCUUUUAAUUUAAAGUCAGUUGUAUUUUACAUCUUAAAUUUCUAAAAGCAUUUUUAUAAUUAUUUUUAGUAAGAUUUUUUCUUAAGAUAUUUCAUAUGCUGGUUUCUACGAUUUAUAUUUGCAAUUUCUCAGUGUUAUGUAAAGAGUGAGGGAAAGCAUUGAUUUAAAACCAUGAUGUUUCUAGAACCUAGGCUUAUAGGUCCUUCCUUACAGUGUUGAUUCUACUAUAUUAUCUUGAAAAAUCUAGUUUAAACUGUUUUUCUUCCAGCAUGAACGAACUAGACGAGAAAAUCACUUGCUUAUCUUCAAGUUGCACUAAUUAACAGUGCCAAAACAAAUUCUGUUUUAAAAAAGAAAUCUUGUAAGAUAUAGUCCAAGGACAUGGCUUUGAACAGUGGAUUGGAUCUGUUCUGAUAAUAUAAAAUUAUUUUUUGACUUGGUAGCUUGAAUAAAUUGAAGAAUUGCAUUCAGUUUGAGUUUUGCAUAUUCUCAAAUAACUGCUAAAAUUUAUAGUAUUAGGUCAAAAAAUAACCAGAAGUUUAUGUCCUAAUGUGGACAUUUCUCUUUAAAAAGGUAUUUUUUCUUUAUAGAAAUUUUGAAAGAGCCUUCUCUUAAACUAAGUCUAAUGCAUGUACUAUGAAAAUAUUUUAAAACAACAUUUUUAACUAGUGUGAACAACUCACAUAAACAGUGAAAAACUUGGUAACAUAUUAAGUGGAUGUUAUUAUCAAAUGUUUUUGUUGUUUAAUACUUUGUUUUCCAUCAAAAUAUCUUUACUAGUAUGCGCUUCGUGUAGUCUGUUUAUGGUCUAAUUUUAGUGCCAGUCAUCUUGUUUGUGCAAAAUUAGUAUCAGUAUGGAAAGGAAGCUUGAAGAUAAGGGGUGUUUGAAAAUAAAUGAUCAAUUACAUUUCAGUUUACAUAUGCAACAGUUAUUCACUACUGGUUUUAAGCAUUUUCUGUUUCUCCACUAGACAAAGUUAUUUGAUUUUACAUUAGACUUUGAGCCGUGAAGGAUAAAUUAUGCAUCAUUUUAACAUUAAUAAGAGUAAGUAGCACAUUAUACUCUCAGCCACAUGAAAGUUCUUGUUUCCUGCAAAAGUUGCCUUUUAAUUACUAACAAAUUGUAAGAACUUCAAGCAAAAGUCUGAUUUGAUAUUUAAAUUUAUAAAAUAUUUAAAACCUUAAUGACAAAAUCUUCAUUGAUUUGUCUAAGGAAAGAGUCUUAUUAAAAGGAUUUUAGUAUUCAAAGUGAAAGAUUCCUUGCUGCUUUCUUAUUGUCUUUUGGACGUGUGCUCAUGUUCUUUGGAGUAUGAAUCUUUAGUAUAUGAAAAAUGUAAUUUUGUCCUGCUAGUGUAUGCAUCUGUAAUUGAAAAAAGCCUUUUUGUGGGAAGUGUUAGUUGGUAAUAAAUGCAUAUUUUCAUAUUC